AUGAUGAAAACUCAAUCAUCUAUUUCUUCAUUUGCAGUGUUGCUCUUGUUUGAAAUCAUGAACCUUUGGAACACCACGACAGAUUUCAUUCUCCUAGGACUCUUUAAUCACACAGAAGCCCAUCUAUUUCUCUUUGUGAUGGUUCUCACAAUUGUCUUCACCUCCCUACUAGGCAAUGCCCUCAUGAUUUUUCUGAUUCAUCAGGAUGUCCGGCUUCAUACUCCCAUGUACUUUCUAUUGAGCCAACUCUCCCUCAUGGACAUGAUGCUAGUCACCACCAUUGUGCCCAAAAUGACAGCUGACUACUUGACUGGCCUGAAGUCCAUUUCUCCUUUUGGCUGUGGGUUGCAGAUCUUCUUCUUCAUCACUUUGGAAGGGAGCGAGUGUUUCCUCUUGGCAUCCAUGUCCUAUGACCGCUAUGUGGCUGUUUGCCAUCCACUGCGAUAUGUUGUUCUCAUGAGCUGGAAAUUAUGCCUGAGAAUGACUGUGGGGUCUUGGUUCCUGGGGGCAGCUGAUGGCCUCAUGCAGGCUGCUGCUACCCUGAGUUUUCCAUUUUGCCAUGUGCGUGAGAUCAAUCAUUUCUUCUGUGAGGCCCCUACUCUGGUGCGUUUGGCUUGUGCCAACACAUUGGCCUUUGAAAAUGUCAUGUAUAUCUGCUGUGUAUUAAUGCUCCUGGUUCCAUUUUCUCUCAUCCUGAUUUCCUAUAGUCUUAUCUUUGCUGCAGUUCUCCAGAUGCAUUCUAGAGAAGCCCGCAAGAAGGCUUUUGCUACAUGCUCCUCACAUCUCUCUGUGGUGGGACUCUUUUAUGGAGCUGCUAUUUUUAUCUAUAUGAGACCCAAAUCCUACAGGUCAGCUAACCAUGAUAAAAUAGUGUCAGUGUUCUAUACUAUCUUCACUCCUUUGUUGAACCCCAUCAUCUAUAGUAUGAGAAACAGUGAUGUCAAGGGAGCCCUGAGAAAGUGUAUAGGUCAGUGCGUUACCUUAAAUCAUGACUAA